CUGCCCAUAAUGAAAGAGCCACUCACCCAAGACUGCGAAGCUAAUAACUACUCUUCCUCAUCCCCUUCUCACACCAAAACCUCACCCGCCUCUUGCUGCUGCUCUUCUCCCUCCACCGAUGCAGCCACGGGUGUCUCCAAGAGAAAAGCUAGGAAAGCUGGUGGCGAGGAGACCGAGAAGACAGGCAAUGAUGGCAAGCAACAUGCUUCCUACCGCGGCGUUCGAAUGCGUAGUUGGGGUAGAUGGGUGUCGGAGAUCCGAGAACCGAAGAAGAAGUCGAGGAUCUGGCUGGGGACGUUCCCCACCGCCGAGAUGGCCGCCCGAGCGCACGACGUAGCGGCGCUGGCGAUCAAGGGGCAGUCUGCGUACCUCAACUUCCCUGAGUUGGCUUCCAGGCUGCCCCGGCCGGCCACUGCAAAACCCAAGGACAUCCAGGCUGCGGCGUCGCUGGCUGCCGCCACCGCAUUCGACGAUCACACCCCAAGCCCAUGCCCAACCCAGACGGAGCUCCCAUUGUCCCACUCUCCUGCGCCUACGACGCCGCCGAGCGACGACCACGGCGCUCUCUUCGAUCUACCCGAUCUCCUGCUCGAUCUAAGAGAAGGCUUCUGCUACUCCUCGUCAUGGGCGCCUUCGACAGCGGAUGACGGUGUCGAGUUCAGAGUCGAGGAGCCAUUCUUGUGGGGAUACUGUUAGAUGAUCUCCUCCUCUACGUUGGUAAUGCUAAUCAGCAAUGCAUAGAGUUGGAAGGGCGUAUACAACUAUCAUUCAGUAUACAUCGCAUAGCAAAUUGUGCUCAUUAUA